AUGCUGCCCAUCYCCGGCGCGUUGGCCGACAGAUUCGGACUAAGAUUCGGAUUCGUGGUUGGGAAUUUCUUCCUUACUGGUGCGAGUGUUCUUUGUGCUGCGGCGCCGAAUAAGAAUGCUUUGAUUGUUGGGAGGGCGUUGUGUGGUAUUGGAGCUGCCUUAUGCACUGCCACGGGACCUCCCAUCGUCAGUCAUCUAUUCCCUGAUGAGAAGACUCGCAAUAAAGCUCUUGCAUUGCUCAUCAUGUGCGGACCUUUGGGCAUGGUUUCAGGGAUGAUCUUCGGAGCUCUUCUUGUCGAGUCGCCCACUGGAUGGCCAGCACUAUUCUGGCUGGGUCUAGCAGUCAACGGCUUCCUCUGCCUCGCCGGUUUCUUGACGAUCCCAGUCUUCUCGGCACCAGUACAGAGCGCACUGCGGGAGUUCGACUUKGGUGGACUCGCCAUUUUCCUCUGUGGUCUUCCACUUCUGAUCUAUGGAGUCAACCGUGGCGAGGCUCAGGGAUGGGCGACUGCUGGUAUCCUCGCUCCUUUAAUCAUCGGAGCACUUCUGUUAUUGUCCUUUCCCUUCUAUGAGCGUCGCUUGCAGAAUCCAUUGAUUCCCAAGCCUUUCUUCAACGACAGUAACAUGGCUCUGAUGGUACUGAACUUUGUCAUCUUCGGCGGUGGCUUCGCAACCUGGUUCUUUCUUGUCACUCAGGUGUUCCUCAACGCCAUGAAGCUCACCGCGCUCAAGUCCGCAAUCUAUCUUCUCCCUGCAGCCGUAGCUUCCAUCUUCUCUGGCGCCCUAGGAAGUUUCCUCAGUACCCGAGUCUCAGCUCGGAUCCAAAUCGGCGGCGCAUACAUCUGGACCGCAGCAUUCACAAUCCCUUGGGCUCUCAUCCAACUCAACGUCCAUCCCGUCUAUAUCUACCUGUUCGCCUUGCUAUACCUAUUUGGCAAUGCACCCGCGGUCGUGCGAGCUCAAGGCGUCACGCUCAGCACCAUCGUGCCUUCCCAGCAUGGACAAGCUACUGCCACGCUGAUGGUAUCAUACCAGGCGGGUAGCGCCAUCAUGCUGGCUUUCGCGAAUGCGAUUGCUGAUGCGUUGACACCGAAGCCACAGACCGCGGAUGGGUUGUUGAAGGGGUAUAGAGGCGCGUACUGGUUCUUGUUUGGUUUUGCGAUUGCUGGACUGUUGGUCUUUGUUUUCUUUUACAAGGAAAACAAGGAGGGCUCAAGUGCACAGGAUGAAGAGCAGGGUUCUUCUGAGCAGGGGGGUAGUAAUGAUUCGGAUCGCAGCAGCGACUUCGAGGGUGUCAAGGCGGAAACUGAAARAGAGAGGGAGAAGGUCUGA